AUGGGCAUGAAUGUGCGAAUACUAGGCCGUGUUCAUGUGAAUACAUCAGUAUGGAGCUCAGCAGAUUGCACGUGGUGUUCUUCCUGGCAGUCUUCUUGUCAGCAGCAGCGAUGUAUCACGUCCAGUAAAGGAAUCUGCCAGCCUCACCUAAACGUUGCCUUUCUGAAGGUUCACAAAUGCGGUUCUACUACGGUAGCCAACAUGAUGUAUCGCUUCGGUUACAAGCACAAAUUAAUUGUUGCUUUAGCACCCAAAAGUGCCCAGUCCAUCAUAGGCAGCUUUGGAACGAUUAAGGACCGCGACUAUAAGCAUCCACCUGGUGGAAAACGUUGGAACAUCUUCGCUACUCACGCGAUGUACAACAGAACACGCUUCCACCAACUCAUGGAUCCCAAUACAAGGUAUGUUACCAUUCUACGAGAACCGUUGACAAGGCUGCAGUCUGCUUUCCAGUACUUUCAUCUUCAAAGGAGAUUUCCUGGGCUCCAGGAACAGACUCCCCGUGGAGCCUCUUACGUGACAACCUACCUGAAGAGACCUGAGUUUUGGGAUCCACAGUACCGUCAACCCAAGACCAAAAAAGAAAGGGAACAUUUUUGCUUCAGGAACUGCAUGGCUCGUGAUUUGGGUCUCAAUGAGAAGGAUUAUCAAAACCAUACAGCUGUUGAAGAUUUUAUACAAGGCAUAGACAAUGACUUUACAAUGGUAAUGAUCCUAGAAUAUCUGUCAGAGUCUUUAGUUCUGCUGAAACGGCGAAUGUGUUGGACAUUUCACGACAUCCUUUACAAAUAUGACCGGCGUUCUUCGAGGAAACAACGGUACACACGAAAUACACCCAUUACAGUCAACAUGAAGGACAGGUUUUACAAGCGUAAUCAUGCCGAUGUCAUGUUAUACACGCAUUUCAAAAACUCAUUACAGAGGCAGAUAGAGAAAAAGGGUGCCGAUUUUCUACAGGAAGUUCAAUAUUUUAAACGCGUCAACAAAGACGUGUCACGCUUCUGCCACUCUAGGAAAAGAAAAAGGAAGUCAAGGAAGAUGGUCGUUCCAAAAAGUAAAUGGAAUGAGGCUUUCUCUGUUGGCAGCUCAUUUUGUGCGAGCUAUGGCAAAAGCAGAAGAUACUGGCACCCACUACUAACAUCGGUUUAUCAUUAGACGUCAAAAUAUAACACUGAACAAGUAAAACGUUAAACCUUAACAUGACUCAUACUGUAAAACAGCACAGUUAAUGUAUUUCUUUCGAAUAAUCAGGUAUAUUAGGUAGCUGUAGGCAGCUCAGCA